GACUGUUCACUUUCUGAGUUACAGGCACAGGUUGAAUUGGCGGGGACUGUUAUAAAAACUUUAGAUUUCAGGCUCACAGCCGUCUGAGUGAGAAGAGACGGUGUCAAUGGAUCUGGCUGUGGCCCUGGUGCUCUGUCUCUGCUCUCUGCUUCUCCUGUCACUCUGGAAACAGAGCUCUGGGAAAGGGAAGCUCCCGCCGGGCCCCACUCCUCUCCCGAUUCUUGGAAACAUCCUACAGUUAGAUGUUAAGGACAUUGGCAAAUCCUUAAGCAAUCUCUCAAACACCUAUGGCCCUGUGUUCACAGUGUAUUUUGGCUUGAGGCCCACUGUUGUGUUGCAUGGAUAUGAAGCAGUGAAAGAAGCCCUAAUUGAUCGGGGAGAAGAGUUUUCUGGAAGAGGCAAUCUCCCAGUGUCUCAAAGAGUUAAUAAAGGAUAUGGAAUCCUCUUUAGCAAUGGGAAGAGAUGGAAGGAGAUCCGACGCUUCUCCCUCAUGACCUUGAGGAAUUUUGGGAUGGGGAAGAGGAGCAUUGAGGAUCGUGUUCAAGAAGAAGCCCAUUGCCUUGUGGAGGAGUUGAGAAAAACCAAUGGGUCACCCUGUGAUCCCACUUUCAUCCUGGGCUGUGCUCCCUGCAACGUGAUCUGCUCCAUUAUUUUCCAAAAUCGGUUUGAUUACAGAGAUCAGAAUUUUCUUAACUUGCUAGACAAAUUUAAUGAAAAUCUCCGGAUUAUGAGCUCCCCAUGGAUACAGGUCUGCAACGAUUUCCCCAUUCUCAUCGACUAUUUCCCAGGGAGUCAUAACAAAGUACUUAAAAAUUUUGCUUAUGUAAAAAGCUAUGUUUUGGAGAAAGUAAAAGAACAUCAAGCAACUCUGGACAUUAACAAUCCUCGGGACUUCAUUGAUUGUUUCCUGAUCAAAAUGGAACAGGAAAAGCACAAUCAAGAGAUGGAGUUUACUUUUGAAAACUUGAUAGCAACUGUGUCUGAUUUGUUUGGAGCUGGGACAGAGACAACAAGCACCACGCUGAGAUAUGGGCUCCUCCUGCUGCUGAAGCACCCAGAGGUCACAGCUAAAGUCCAGGAAGAGAUUGACCGUGUGAUUGGCAGACACCGGAGCCCCUGCAUGCAGGACAGGAGCCACAUGCCCUACAUGGAUGCUGUGGUGCACGAGAUCCAGAGAUACAUUGACCUCGUCCCCACCAACCUGCCCCAUGCGGUGACCCGUGACAUUAAAUUCAGAAACUACCUCAUCCCCAAGGAUUUCAAGGAUAAUAUUGAACAAGGUCGUGAUAGUGGCUGUUGUUUCAUUUAUGAUAUCCUGGAAGAGGGCACGACUAUAGUGACAUCACUGAGUUCUGUGCUACAUGAUGACAAAGAAUUCCCCAACCCAGAGGUAUUUGACCCUGUCCAUUUUCUGGAUGAGAGCGGCAACUUUAAGAAGAGUGACUACUUCAUGGCUUUCUCAGCAGGAAAACGAAAUUGUGUGGGAGAAGGCCUGGCCCGCAUGGAGCUGUUUUUAUUUUUGACCACCAUUUUACAGAAAUUUACCCUGGAAUCUGUGGUUGACCCAAAGGACCUCGACACCACCCCAGUUUCUAGUGGGUUUGGCCAUGUGCCACCCCUGUACCAGCUCUGCUUCAUUCCUGUGUGAUGAAGGGCAGUCCAUCGGCUGCUGCUGUGCUGGUGUCUGUAAUUACUCUCCUCUGGGGCAUCAUUCACCUCCUUCUUACUACCAGGGAUACUCUUUUCUGACCGCCCAUCUCAUACCACCACAAUUUUCUCCAGUAAAUAUCCAACUUCUAUGUGAAUAUCCGAUAAAUAUACAACUUCCAUGAAAGGAAAGUCUCCUGAGUUUUACUGCACAAAUAUAUUCGCUGUCUUCAUAUUCUGUAACACUUAUAUUGACUACCACAUAUGCUAAUACUUACUUAAGAGUCAGUACCGUAUUAUCACUGUAAAACAGAGUAGAAUGGUUGGUAUAAGCUAACACAUAGCCAUUUGCUCUCCAGAUGUUCUAAAUAAAAAGCAGCAGUAUUUGCUGA